AGUACUGGAAACCUGGAAAUAGCCCCAUUCCCAACCCCCCGUCCACACCAUCCCGGUGGGGCUCUGCACCAUAAAUAAGCACGAAACCCCACUCAACUCAUGCUCACUGCCCCUUCGUGCCACCACUGCUACAGCUUGGCUAGCUGAUAUUUAUUCGACCACACCUCCUCUGCCCUUUUUCUCCACUCUCUCUAUCUCAAAAUUCAAAAAAGGAAUGAGUACUCCCACCAUUGCCCUUUCCCUUCUCCUCCUCCUCUUCUCCACUUUCCUCACCUCCACCUCCACCUCCACCCCCACCCAUAAGCUAGACUGCCAAACCUUUAUCCCCAACUCUCUUCCAAAACCAACCCAGUCUCUCUCCUGGACCUCCGACGGUGAACCUCAAACCAUUCUCUCCCAAGAAACUGCAGCCGGUACAGAAUUCCAGUCCAACAAUUUCUCCCUGGAAUUGCACCACGUGGAUGCACUCUCCCUCUCGCCCCAUGCCUCCCCUGAGUCCCUCUUCAAUCUCCGCCUCCAACGCGACGCCCUCAGAGCCAAAUCCAUCUCCGACAUGGCCUCAAGGCGUCGGCCUCGGCCGCAUAACUUCAGCAGCUCUGUCAUUUCCGGUCUCUCGCAGGGCAGCGGCGAGUACUUCACGCGCCUUGGGAUUGGGACCCCUCCCAAGUACUCCUAUAUGGUGCUGGACACCGGUAGCGACGUCGUCUGGAUCCAGUGCUCCCCCUGUAAGAAAUGUUACACCCAAACCGACCCCGUUUUUGACCCUUCUCAUUCUUCCUCCUUCGUUGGCGUCACCUGUGCCUCCCCUCUCUGCCGCCGUCUCGACUCGCCCGGCUGCAACAACCGCCAGAAGUGCCUGUACCAGGUUUCCUACGGCGACGGUUCCUUCACCUUCGGCGAGUUCUCCACGGAGACCUUAACUUUCCGCCGAGUGCGCGUCAACAACGUCGGCCUCGGCUGCGGCCACGACAACGAAGGCUUGUUCAUUGGAGCCGCCGGCUUGUUGGGCCUCGGACGGGGUAAAUUGUCUUUCCCGAGUCAAGCGGGCAGGCGGUUCGGCCGGAAAUUCUCGUAUUGCUUGGUGGACCGGUCCUCUUCCUCCAGACCGUCCUCCGUUGUUUUUGGGGAAUCCUCGGUUUCCCGAACUUCCGUUUUUACCCCUCUGCUAACCAACCCCAAGCUCGACACCUUCUAUUACGUGGGGCUGAACGGGAUUAGCGUUGGCGGGGCUCGGGUCCCGGGCAUUACCGAAUCCCACUUCAAGUUAGACGCCGCAGGGAACGGAGGGGUGAUUGUGGACUCGGGCACAUCGGUUACCCGGUUGACCCGACCAGCAUAUAUAGCUCUGCGGGAUGCGUUCCGGGCCGGAGCUUCGAAUCUGAGGCGGGCCCCAGAUUUCUCGUUGUUCGACACAUGUUUCGAUCUCUCGGGGAAGACGGAGGUGAAGGUGCCGACGGUGGUGCUGCACUUCAACGGAGCAGACGUGUCGCUGCCGGCAUCGAAUUAUUUGAUUCCGGUGGAUGGCAACGGGAGGUUCUGCUUUGCAUUUGCGGGGACAAUAAGCGGGUUGUCCAUAAUCGGGAACAUUCAGCAGCAGGGUUUCAGGGUGUCGUUCGAUUUGGCGGGUUCAAGGGUCGGGUUUGCUCCGCGCGGGUGUGCUUGAUUUGCGGAGUUAGCGGGGUAGUUUUGGGAAUAUGGAGAAAACUCUUGUUUUCCUUUACUUUUCCUUCCUUAUUAUUAUUUUCUUCUUCUAAUUAUGUGUGAAAGAAAAAGGACCCAAAAAAAAAGAAAAAAGAGGGCCUAUAGCCUCUUUAGACUUCCCAAGAACCAAAACCGUUGAGUAGCAGAUAGCUGCAGUUAAGGUGGUGGACCUGGUUGCAGAGCAGAGGAAGUUCACAUGUUGUUUGUUGUGUUAUGAGAUGUUGUUAGUAGGAACAAGGAACCUGAUGAUGGUUUAACUCAAAUUGUCAUUUGGAGUAUGUGAAUGAAUCCCACCCAGAAGAGAAGAUACGUCCUGGUAUCUAUGUCAGUCCGACAAGACGGCGUGGGCACCGGGCAGCCGCAGGUUUUUCUUGUUUUAUUCGCAUCUCUCCAUAAGAUUUGGUACCUAGCGUCUGUGACCUCCUGCAAGCAGUCAGUCUGUAUCAGCUUAUCUUUGCUUGAGGAUUUAUUUACGUGAUCCCGAAUGAAAUGAUUUUUUAUCGGUUAAAUCGAG